AUGAAGUUAAUAUACAUGCUUAGCCAUACUACACUGAAACAAAUGUAGAUAUCUAAAUUCAAAUAUAUAGAGAGAGAGCUUUUCAGUAGGUGCAUUCUUCAACGACAUUUCAAUUGUAGAUUUAAGAGAAAGUUCGAGUUUAAUCGGGCGGUCCUGCUCCGUUAUCUGAUGACUGGUGACAGAUUCACUGCAGCGGCAUCAAAACACAUGACAGAGCAUCAAGCGGAGCGUCCUGAUCAGCUGGUCGUUAUAUGGGAUCAUUAAAGGCUGAGGUUUUCUGUAGAGUGAAGAGAAUGCUGAUGACGAUGGUGAGAAGGAGGAGGAAGAUUUCUAGAUGCCGACACAGCAGUGGUCAAUCGUUCCAUCACUGAUUCUUGCACUGGAAGUGUAAACGUUUUUGACUGGCCAUUUCUCAGUCUCAGCAGUCGAACCUCAUGGACCACAGAGCUCAGAGAGACAAGAGCAGGGCCAGUUACUUUGGAAAUGUUAAGAACAAAUUGGGAUCAAAGCUGCCGGCUGGAAUUUCACAGCCUCCAGGCUUCAUUACUGCUCAACGUUCCAUUGGUGCUCAGGGUGCACUGGGGAAGAGUGUUGGGCAGGAGUGUGUCAAAGGACCUCACCAAAUCCGGAACCCCAAACUGAGACAGUACUAUCUAAAGGAGGCUGCGUUUCCUGCUAAAGAUCCAACAACGAAGACUUUGGAGUCAUGCAGAAACAAUGAACAUGGAUUAUCCAAGAACAAGGCUUCAACUUCUACGGAGACAGCUUCUGACCUGCGUUCUAGACGAGAGCACGGCCUCGAUCCUUCACUUGAUGUUGGUGUUGUGGGAACGGCGACUCUGGUGUCUCCUUCCACAGAUGCAGAAUAUGACAAGCUGACGGAUGUGGAGGCGGUUCCUUUACCUGAUGGAAAUGUAUGUCUAUUGGCUCUCCCAUCUGAAUGCUCUCAGGGGGAGGGGCCAGCUGGCUUGUCUUGCCUCAAACUAUUCUCUCGUUACAUCACAGACAGAAAGGGUGUGGUCUCUGGAAUAUUGCUGGUGACGUCCAAUAAGAUCUUCUUUGACCCUCAGAAGUCUCAACCACUUGUUCAGGAGAAUGGCUGUGAAGAAUAUGUAUUCUCCUGCUCUGUGGAUGAUCUUACCUCAGUGUCCUUCUACAAGGACAUCUCUCACAUUCACUUCAACAAGACAUACAGAUGUAACAGUUGUAAGCCAUCAAAGAGCAAAAAAGAGCACAAGAAAAACCAUCAGUCAGCAUUAGAGGCCGUUCUUGCUCCCAAGUCCUCUGUUUCACAUGAUACGACAGCAACUCCGGCUGCAAAUCCUAAGGAAGAGGAUGAGGAAGGUGGAGAGGCAGGGGACAUGUCCGAAACUGAGAGACAGCUGACUUUAGAGUCCGGGGGAAUGCUAACAGCAGCUGCUACUUUCUGUUGUGGAGGACCAGACAGCAUUCAGAGAGGAAACAAAGAAUGUGAACACACAGACAAAACAGCACAGCAAUCAUAUUUGGAAAGACAAUUGUUAGGUACUUGUGCUGUGAAAUCUAGUAGUGGUGUAAACAGAUCUCUGAUGUUUGUGAGAAUUCGACAGAAGCUUCAGCAUGCAAAGAAAAAGGCUUUCUCUAAACCUAAAAUCCUCUCCAGAGAUGCCUGGUUCACCAUGCAGCAGGAAAGGUCAGAUGAGCUUUAUGCUUACCUGAGCCAGCAUCGGCCAGACUUGUGCAUUCUGGAGGGAGGAGAAGAGGACGAAGCAGAUGAAGAGGAUUUUGUGCUUCUGGAUGAGGAGGAGCAGGAGGAAGAGGAGGGGUCUCCACGAGAAGGCCAGGCUGGGGAGGACUGGGAGAUGGUGUCAGCGGAGGAGAGUGCGCCGAAAGCUUCUGUCUCGACUGAACCAGAAGGUUUGAGUCACAUUCUGAACCAGAGUGUCAUCCUGGAUGCCCAACAAGUUAGAGAGAUCUCAAAAGAGCUGCCGCCUCGUACAAUCGGACACACGUGGCAGCUGUCCUACAGCACGGACAAACACGGGGCCAGUCUCAAGACUCUUUACAGGAAACUCAGCACCACUGACUCGCCUGUGCUGAUUCUAAUCAAGGACCACAACCAGCAGGUUUUUGGUAGCUUCAUCUCACAUCCGCUGCAUCCUAGUGAAGCAUUUUAUGGUACUGGAGAGACCUUCCUGUUCCUGUCUCAUCCACGCUUUAAGUGUUUCCGUUGGACUGGAGAAAACUCGUUUUUUAUCAAAGGCGAUUUGGACUCUUUUGCCAUUGGGGGAGGAAGUGGUCACUUUGGUUUGUGGGUGGAUGAGAGGUUGUUCUUGGGCAGAAGCAGCCCGUGUUUCACCUUUAAUAACUGCAGCCUGUCCGAGACCAACGACUUCACGAUUCUGGAGUUGGAAGCCUGGACAUUCGGCUGACGCAACAAGCAUUGAAAAUAAUCGAAAACAUCAUGAUUUAGUGGAAAUAUGGCCAUUAACAGAUAAACUAAUUCUCCAGUUUACUGACACCUGUAAAUCAAAGGAAAGAAACACUGCAAACUGUGAACGCUGAAUAAUCUGCCUGAAGGGAAGUCAAGGGAAUGAAAGCUCACCUAACAUCUUUACCAUCAUGAUGAAAAAAAAAAAAAAAUGUUUCGUCUUGUGAUUAAGAUGCAUUUGGGUCCAAUUCAUUAUUUGAAUGUGUGCACUUCAUCAUACAAGAAAUAAUAUCUUUAGGUGAAUUUUGGGACAGAGUGGAGGACUCGGUCCAAAUAACAUUAUCUGAGCGGUAUGUUUGUACUGGUGAGGUUGGUUGUGGAUCCUGCAUUGUUACUGCAGCUCUGGUUACAGCUUGAAUAUUAUUGUGAUGAACUUUUUUUUAAUCUGUGUUAAUUUAGGAUUCAACAAAAAUAAGCAACGCCCUGACUAAAUAGCACUGAUUAAAACCUUGUCCGCUGUUAAUAAGCAUAGCAUCAGCUAUAAACACUGGUUUAGGCAUUAGUUUAAACCCACAGCUGUACUUUUACACAUGGAAAAGUUCUCUCAUCACUCAAGCCAAAACAAAACCAAGACUGAAAUGACUGAGUUUUGGGUUGAAAACCACACACAUAAACAUCACACAAACCCCAGAGUUGCAUGUUUCAAGUCUUGAGAGGCUUUUGGUCUAACAGACCUUUCUUAGACAUCCACAAAAAGUCUUAAGUACUCAUGUGGAUGUGUUCCUAGCCUGUAGGAAAACCUUCUUUCUGUAAAUAACUCUUACAAUGGUAAUAACAUCAGUUCAAGUUAUCUGUACAAAAAAAAAAAAAAUACAAUAAAUUAUAGUCUGACAAAACAAUGCAAUAUUUAUACAUGUGAAAAUGCAGUCACUCAAUACUGAAAGUGUUCAUUAACUCAUUAAAACAUCAGAUUAACAACAACAACACUGUUUUAUUUAUAUAUAUAAAAACAAAAAUCACAAUGUUUUUAUUUGACGCCAGUAGAGAAUUGCAUUUACACAAAACUGCAGUUAUAGGGAUGUUAUUUCAUGCUCUACCAUUCAAAAGUUUGGGGUCAGUAAAAAUUGUAAUGUUUAUUCAGCAAGGACAUAUUAAAUUGAUCUUAAAUGACAGCAAAAA